AUGGAAAUCCCAGCCGAUGUUGUGGCCCUUCGCCAAGAGGCCGACAGGCUUAGACGUCAGACGAGGUUCCUGGACGGCCACGUUCUCAGACGACUCUCCGAACUCGAGCGAAAAUCAGGUGAGCUCAUGUUUCGUAGCAUCCCCCGGAACAGACACUUGCGGUUGACUAAGGUAGGAUGCACCGUUGAUUUCCACGGCUUGAUCAGGGGGGAAUGCAUGCAGGUCUUGCACUCUUUUCUCAGGGACUGCGUGGCACAGGACGUGGAGGAGGUCGUCAUCAUUACGGGCAAAGGGCUCCACUCGCUCCGUGGAGAACCCGUGCUGAAGGGCGUCGUCGAGGAUUACUGCAGAGAGCGUUGCUUUCGCUGCACCCCCGACCCGUGGAAUGAAGGCCGGCUCACUAUUAGAAUAAAAAAAUGA